AUGGCACACGACACACGGCACGCACGUGUUCCGUGGCACAAGGUCCGCGGCACUCCACGGUAUAGACGGCACAGCCCAGAAUCGGAUGUGGCGUCGUGGCACAAGGUCCAUGGCACACAGUUGGUGGCAAACGGCACACGGCACACGGCACAGGUCCAAAACGGCACAGUCGAAAAACGGCACGCGGCACACGGCACAGAGGCACGACACAGCCAUGUUGGUGCCAGAACGGCCAAAAUCGAAGGUUGGACGGGAAGUCGGUCGUUGGAAAUUCUGGAAACGGCACGCGGCACAACGGAACGCGGCACAAACGGCACAAUCCAAAAACGGCACAGGGCACAGUCAAAAACGGCACAGCUGAAAGUGGGUGUGCCGUGGCGGAACGCGGCACGCGGCACAGUCGCGGGGGACGGCACAGCACGAAAACGGCACACGGCGCACAAAGGCCCGCAAUAUAUGGUCCACAGACGCCUGGAACAGCCCACGGGCUACCAAUAUACCGCGCAUAUAUUUUAUUUUGAAAAGACGACCCCGCUAUUCCUAACAAUCCCGGUCCGCCACGUAGUAUUUUCGGCAGAUUCACAAACCUUCACACGUGUUUCGAUAUAUAUAAAUAAGUCAACCCUCAGGGUGAACGAGCCCCUACCCCCUGUGUUACUGGUACAGUCCGGUAGGCGCCUGCUCCACUGCCGCCGCAGGUAUAUCAACUUCGAGAUUCCGAAGCUUGAGAAAAUCCCACCAAGUCCGUAA